CAUGCUUGUUUACAAAGAGCAUUUUGAAAUCAGCUUUCGUUAGUGCAAUUUUCAUUUCAACAUUUAAUAUUCUCUCAGUGUUGAAAUGGCGAAACAUCAUCCAGAUUUGAUUUUUUGUAGAAAACAAGCUGGUGUUGCCAUUGGCAGAUUAUGUGAGAAAUGUGAUGGAAAAUGUGUCAUAUGUGACUCAUAUGUAAGACCAUGCACAUUGGUUCGAAUAUGUGAUGAAUGUAAUUAUGGAUCUUACCAAGGACGUUGUGUAAUUUGUGGUGGUCCUGGUGUAUCUGAUGCAUAUUACUGUAAGGAAUGUACUAUUCAGGAAAAAGAUCGAGAUGGCUGUCCAAAGAUAGUUAAUCUUGGUAGCUCAAAAACAGAUUUAUUCUAUGAAAGGAAGAAAUAUGGUUUUAAGAAGAGGUGACCCUGGCUUUUUGAUCCUGAUUCUAGACAUAUUCCAUGGAUUUAGACUUUUAAUAUUUUUUUCUUUCAUCAAACAUAUGUAUAAUAUCUCCUGCUAAAAAUGCUGUGCUAUGGAUAUUAGUACUUCACAAACAUUUUUUAUAUUAAAAUUUUGUAUCAUGUGUAAGUUAGCAUUAUUUUGAUUGUAAUGGAUAUUUUCCAUGUCUUAUUAUUAAAGUGAAGGUUUUUAAACUG